AUGAGUGAAGUCGACUGGGAUAACAAGACCGUUAUCGGCUUCAAGGCCAAGGCUCCCAAAGUUACUAGAAAUGCGUCUGACCUGAAUGGUGACUGUAUGUUUUCUGACACUUUUCUGACAUGGAUGGAGGGAUUGAUGGAGACGCAGGCCCGCCGCGCGAACGCUGUCUUGUCAACAGACAAGAAGGUGACAGCUGGGACGAACAAGGCCCACCAAGGUACCGACCAUCAGCGAAUAGCAAAGCUUGACCGAGAAAAUGAGGUUGCACCUCCACCAAAGGUCGCACCAUCAGUAGGAAAGGCUAUUCAAACAGCUCGCAUGGAGAAACAGUUUUCGCAGAAAGACCUUGCGCAGAAGGUUAAUGAGAAGCCUUCUGUCAUUCAGGACUACGAAUCCGGGAAGGCUAUUCCCAACCCGCAGAUUCUCAGCAAACUCGAACGCACUCUCGGUGUUAAGCUGCGUGGUACUGACAUUGGCAAGAAGCUGGGGGGACCGAAAGCACCGUAG